AUGUCAGAUAAUGCAAUCAAAUCCUCCCAUACUCUCUCCUCUGAGAAUCACCAAGAGUUUGACCAAAACUCUGUUAAAGAAUGUCUUAAUCACAUUGAGGACUUUAAGAAAGGCCUCACACAAAAAGGGGAUGCCCUACUUGAAAUACAAACCAUACUUCAAAAGGCUAUUGCAGAAUCAGAUUCCCUUACACAGCUCAACUUCAAACCUGGAUUUAAGCAUUUCCUUGAACUCCUUGAUCACACCAUUAUCUCAGGUGAAGCCUCAGAUCAUUGGGAGGAACCUUCUCUCGAAGAACCUGAGCAUCAGGAGUCCUCUGUUGUCCCCAAGGAGAAGGCAGAAAGUGUUUUGUCCAGAGAUGAGCAUGAGUAUGUCUUGCAAGGGAAAAGACGAAAGCUUACCCCUGAUCGCCUUCAAUUCUACCUGUGGCUUGAACCUGACCAAUAUCACCAGGUCUCCAACAAGCGAGCAGAACAACUCAUGCUCGACUGUUAUGAGGAGUGGUCAGAAGAGACCAAGUAUUAUCUAGGGCAAGUUACUUCAACUCCAGGGUGUCCAAGUUUCCCAACCUCUCAAUGGACUCUCUUGCUCGACAGACAUGCCCCAGAUCUUGAGAAAGUCCUCUCUGGACAUUACUCAACCACCAUUGAGCUGAAGCAAUCCCAACCUCUUGGGAAAGGAUUUGAAAUCACUUUAUCCCAGCCUACCUCCACUCAUAAAGUCAAAACUUAUGGAGACUGGAGUGUUGCCACUGAUCUCUGGGUUGAAGCCCUCUCCUUUAUCAUGCCCUGGAAAGAGUCAGAAUUGUGCUCCUACAAAUGCUAUGUAUCCAGAUUCUUUGUCAAUGUUCACUACAGUCUUCAUUCCUGA